AUGUACGGAUCACCAUUUACAAAUAGUCUACAUCAAAAACAACAAGCACCAUCACAAUUCAAAGAAAAUGCAAGAAAUGCAAUUUAUAAUCAAUUACCAUCAAUAAGUCAAAAUAUACAACUUCAACAACAACAGCAACAACCAUCAUCAUCUUUAUCUAUAAGAUCUGCACCUUCACAAUUUUUAAAAAAUUCAUAUAAGUCUUAUCAAUCACUGCAUAGAUCAUCUUCUUCAUCAUCUUCAAUUUUCUCAUCAUUAACUUCAACUGGUAAAAGAUCAGUACGAAGCGCUCCUUCUAUAUAUUCAAGUUCAACAGGUACAAUUCCUGAAGAUCUGGAACAAAUGACUACUACGGUUGAACAAUUAGUUAAUGAUAUUGUAUUACAUGAACAACAUUUUUCACAAGAAUUCAAUUACAAACAGCAGCAGCAGCAACAACAACAACUAAAUUCUCUACAAAAUAGCAAUGAAUCAUCAUUAUUACUUAACCCAUCCUCCUCAUCAUCAUCAAUCACAUCAAUAAAUUCAUCAAAACAAGAUCCAGAAGAAUAUUACAAAAUAUCAUUAGGCUCCAACUUAUCGUAUCAAAACGACAAUGAAAAUUAUUUAAUAGACUGGAAUUUAAAUGUAACAAGAUGUAAAUUAAUUUUAACUCAAUUACCACUCGUUUCAUCAACAUCAGAUACAAUAUCAUAUAAUCAAACCAUAUUACCACAAUUGAUUGGAGAUUUAGCAUCAAAAUGUAAUAUAAUAAUAAUACAACCACAUUUAACAGAUUCUGAAUUAAUUUUUACUUUAAUUCAAUCAAAUUUAUAUCAAGAACAUAAUUUAGAUAUUAAUUUUAAAAAAUCAGUAGCUGAAAUAUCAGUAAAACAAUCAAGAUUAUUACAAAUUAAUAGUAGAUCACCACAAGAUAAUAAUAAUUCAUUAUUAAGUUCACAAUCAGGAUUUUUAAAAUUUAAAUUUAAAGAAAUUGCAAUAAGAAAUUACUUAAUAAAUUUAGCUGCUGCUGCUACAACUGCUCAAGAAUAUAAAUUUAAAUUAGAUGAAUUUAAACAAAAAAAUUACGUUACUAGUAAUAAUAAUGGUAAAAAGAUAAAAUUAUCUAAAGAUGAUAAAAAAUUAUUAUGGGAACAAGUUAGAUCUGAUGUUUUUAAAAGAGCUGGUCUUGAAUAA